AGCAUCCUGUGCGCCCGUCAAUAUGGCGUCGGCCGGUCCGGAUCCGCAAAGCCUCAAGUCAUGGCAGGAUGCCUUCCAGUACCCAAUUCCCACCGUUCGCCAUCUGGAACAGGAGCUACGUCGGGACAUCGCGAGCAACAAGGAGAGGCUCCGGGCUCUCGUAGGAACGAGGUAUCGAGAUCUCCUUGGGACUGCCGAAACAAUUGUCCUGAUGAACCGCGAGAUUCAGGAGGUGGAUUCGACUUUGGCCGAUAUUGGACGAAGAUGCAACCCACGAUUGAUCGAGAGGAUGCAUGUGCACAUGAAUCAGAUAAAGGAUGAUGCUCAGGAUAAUGAAACAGAGCGACGAGCACUGGGGGCUCAGCUUUCACUUCUCCACCGCUGCACACAGGCGAUUGCAUAUCUACUGAGAAAGCGCGGUUCCACGCUACUGAUGGCGAAACUACUGGUUCUUUCUCGACUGCUUCACAAAACCCUUUCACAACAGAAGACCAUCCCGCCAUUUCUGGACAAUUUGCGCAACCAGCUAGCGUCCCUUCGACGGACACUCCUGAAGAGAAUCGACAAGCGACUCGCGUCCGCAAAGUCCACUGUUGACGAUACAAUCGAGUCAUUGGCCGCUUAUUGCCUAGCGACAAGCUCCUCGUCCGACGAUGCUAUUCGCCAUUUCCACCACGUUCGCCUGGAAGUCAUUGGAAACCUGCUGGGACUUACUGGGUUGUCCGGCGAGAAUGUCCCGAACGCUCUACAGCUCUACAUCCAAACUCUGCAAAUCUCGAAGACUCUACUUUCUCGCCGAUUGUCAGAUGUGCUCAAUAAGUUGAAAGCAAAACCUAUCUUGGCCGAUCCUGCCAUCCUCAGUCUCGAUGAACUGAGUAUUGACGUGCUGGGACGUUGGGUAGCUGCAGACGUCAAGAAUUUCACUCCCUGGAUCAAACUAAGUGAGCUGUCGAAACCAGAAGCCGAAAAGACAAUCAAACAGUGGUCAAGGCAAGCGUUCGACGCUUUCGUCAAAGGCUGCAGUCACACCUUGACAGACUGGUACAGUUUCUCUGAAUUACUCGCUCUUCGUCGCAAAACUUUGGAAUUAUGGCUCAGCUCCUGGGGCUCAACACCUACUCAUUCGCCCAUGAACGUCCUAGAAGGCAUUCGAUCUGCUUUCAAUGAGCGACUCAGUCAAAUAUUAUCAGAUCAGGCCAAAGAGUUGGAGCAAUUCGGCCAAGCUGUCUCUUCUGUCGUAAUAAAUUGGGACACCAACGAACACGUUGAGACUCUCUCCCUUUGGGAUGACGAACUAAUCAACCUUGACUUCUCAGAUGGUGCGGCCGCGUUCAAACAAACAAUCGCAGAUAGAUUGCUUGGCCGCGACGCAGACGUAUCCACGGUAUUAGCAAAGUACGAAACCUGGCUUGCGGCCAUUGGCAAGUCCAAGGAGUAUAUCAAUGAAAUGAAACGAGUUCGUUGGACCGACAUCCUCGAGGAGGGAGAAGAGGAGGAUGCGGACAUGGAUAUACCAGCCAUAUUAAACGACGACGAUACUACAUUGCUGAAAGACGCCCUCCAGCAAUCUGUUCGGGAGUCAUUCAACUACCUGCAGUCAUCCUUCGCCGAGAUUCUCAAUUCCUUUGGAUCUUGUCAUCGAGACAAGAAAGCCGCCUUCCUGCUAAAACUCAUUAGACUGGUUAGGAAGGACCUGCCUGUUGACUUCAUUUCCAGCGAUUUCGCCUUUUCGAAAGAAAUCGUCCCUCAGCUGCAAGAAGUCCUUACCGCACGGGUAGUCACACUUACAGAGCCCUCGAAUAUAUGGCCCAAACGCGCCUCCCAAACAAAUAAGAUAUUGCCAGGUCGGACCCUUUGGGAGGGUGACCCUGAACUUCCGGUCCAGCCUUCACCAGCAAUUUUCAAAUUCCUCCGACGUCUUGUAGACACGAUGGAUGACUACGGCUUAGGGCUGUGGGACGUGUCUACCACUCAAGCGCUGAAGGAAGGAUUGCGAAAAGAGCUUUGGGUCACCGCCGCAGCUACUCUUAAGAAGGAUUCGGAGUCGGUACACGAUCAAGAAGAAAGCGCAGCAUCGAAAGAAGCUCAAGCAGUUGAGAAUGGAGACAAUGAUAAAAUCCAGCAGUUGGAAGCCGAUGCUGCAAUCACAGCGCAGAACACCGACGAUUACAAGAUCCAGCUCUACUUCGAUCUAGUCUACUUGAGCAAUGCUUUGUCGACCAUAGAGCCGGCUCAGGGCUCUUUGUCAGACGCUGUAGACAGCCUCUCCAGCAGUCUAAACUCGAAUGUGAAGACGGUCAAAAUCCUUGAGCAACGAGCCCACGAUUAUUGGAAACGGACGCAUCUGUUGUUCGGGCUUCUGGCAGUGGGGAUAGCGCAAUCAUGACCGCAUCAAACCAAACAUCUUGUAUAUAUCAUCUGUUAUGCACAUACAUAACC